AUAACGCACAACAGUUUCCAGCUGAAGUGGUUGAUACUAUCAAAAAUAACUUUUAUGUGGAUGACUGUUUAAAAUCUGUUCCCACAGAAGAAGAUGCAAUUCACAUGGUGAAGAGGCUGACGGACCUCUGCUCUAAGGGAGGAUUCAUGCUCUCAAAAUGGGUCAGCAACAGUCGCACAGUGCUCAUGUCCAUUCCAGAAGAAAGGAGAGCAAAAGAAAUUAAGAAUCUGGAUUUGGACACAGAUGAACUUCCGGUCGAGAGAGUACUGGGUUUACAGUGGAGCAUCGAAACAGAUGAGUUCAAGUUCAGAACCUCUGUGCAGGACCGCCCACAGACCAGAAGGGGCAUUUUGUCUGUGGUUAGUUCACUAUAUGAUCCCUUGGGAAUCCUAGCUCCCUUCAGUAUGCCAGCUAAACUGCUGCUACAAGAACUUUGUCGACAAAACUUGAAGUGGGAUGAAGUUAUUCCCCAUUCUCUUUGUAGGAAGUGGCUCGACUGGCUGGAGGACCUCCAGCUGAUCUCCAGUUUUAAGGUGGAUCGUUGCAUCAAACCAAGCUGCAUCAGGAAACCAGACAAAGCACAACUUCAUCAUUUCUCUGACGCAAGUCAAGACGGCUAUGGAACAGUGUCAUAUUUAAAACUGGAAAAGAAUAACAUCUCACAUGUUGCUUUCAUUCUAGGAAAAGCAAGAGUUGCUCCUAUGAAGCAAACAAUUCCCAGGUUGGAACUGACCGCUGCUGUUCUUGCUGUCCGAGUCAAUAAACUGCUGCAAAAGGAGCUGAAAAUACAGUUGGAAAAACCUGUUUUCUGGACUGAUAGUACAACAGUACUAAAAUACAUCUCCAGUGAAACCAGAAGAUUUCACACCUUUGUUGCAAACAGAAUCUCUGUCAUCCGAGAAGCAACAGAUGUGAAUCAGUGGAGAUAUGUUUCCUCCAAGGAAAAUCCUGCAGAUAAUGCAUCCAGAGGCAUGAGAGCUGAGGAGUUCAUUAAAUGCAGGAGAUGGAUAAAUGGGCCUGAAUUUCUCCACAGAUCAGAAGAGGAAUGGCCUAAACUGGAUGUGGAUCACCAUGCAAUUCCUGCAGAUGACCCAGAGGUCAAAAGGGACCUAGCCGUGUAACAGAGGAAAGUUUAUUGAACAAAAGAUGGCAGAUCUGCCAGAAGAAAGAGUCCUGCCAGCCACCGCUCCUUUUACAAAUGUUGGAGUGGAUUACUUUGGUCCUGUAAGUGUUAAAAGAGGACGAAGCCUCCUGAAAAGGUAUGGAGUUCUGUUCACUUGUUUCACCAGCCGUGCAGUGCAUCUGGAAAUGGCCUACACCCUCGAUACAGAUUCCUGUAUAAAUGCAGUCCGCAGGUUUAUCUGUAGAAGAGGCCCAGUUUCCACCAUCAGAUCUGACAAUGCCACAAAUUUUGUUGGUGCAAAUCGAGAGCUGAAAGAGAGUUUAGCUGAACUGAAUCAUGCUAAAAUUCAAAAUGCUUUUGUGCAGGAUGGAAUUAAAUGGAACUUUAACAUCCCAGCAGCCUCUCACCAAGGUGGAGUUUGGGAACGUCUGAUUCGUUCCAUAAGAAGUAUUUUGGUUUCAGUUCUUAAAGAGCAAGUUUUGGAUGAUGAAGGGCUUCAAACUAUUUUUUGUGAAGUUGAAGCCAUAUUAAACGACAGACCCAUCACUAAAGUUUCCGAUGACUCAAAUGAUCUUGAGGCACUAACACCCAACCAUUUGUUGUUGUUAAAAACCAAACCAGUUUUGCCACCAGGAUUGUUCAAUCAAAAGGAUCUUUUUGUCAGGAAAAGGUGGAAACAGGUGCAAUACAUGGCAGAGCUGUUCUGGAAAAGAUGGCUUUCUGAGUACUUACCUCUGAUGCAGGAAAGACAAAAAUGGACAAGAACUAAACGAUGUCUCACUCCUGGAGAUGUUGUCUUAAUUGCAGACUCUACAGCUCCAAGAGGAACAUGGAUG